AUGAAGGCAUCGUCGUUUCUCUCGCUCCUCCUCCUCCUCUGCUUCUCCUUCCAAAUCAUCUCGUCGGCUGUGGUGGAUGAUAUUUGUAGCUUCGUCGGAGAUUCCUACGUCGACAGGGAAUUCUGCCUCAAGACUCUCUCGUCCGACCCCAGGAGCAAGACGGCCGACGCCGACGGCCUGGCCGUCAUCUCAGUGGAAAUCGCCGUCGCCAAGGCCGCGGAAGUCAAAACACGCAUCGAGGCACAGCUGAAGGGGGCGGCCGAUGCUUACGAGAAGGACCGAGCCCAAGCCGCUCUGCAAAUCUUCUCCAACGUCGUCUCCACCUUCGAGUGGUCGGUGAAGUCGUUGAAGUCCAAGUUCCGCUCCGGUCCCCUGUCGUUGCUGACCGUCGGCCAGGACGUUGUGGUCACUAUUGAUCAAUUGGUCGAUAUGGGUAAACUGGGCAACGACUUCCACCUGCUUGGAUCUCUUGCCGCCGCCAUUGUCCGCCAUCUGCAUUAA